CAAUGAAACAGGCCAAUACCAUCAUUCUUCAGUUGAGGAAAUGGAGUCACCUCCAACCCAACCCCAUUCCAACUUAUUUUUCCGGCAGGUGUGGCAAAGCGACAUGUCGUCCUACAAAGCAGGAACGAUCGAAAUCAAAUCUCACUAUAAAAAGAAAUUUCCACAUUCUUCUCCGCUCUCAAUUUUCCGCCGCCGUUGUUCUUCCGCCCACUUUUUUCCGACGGUCUCUGGUUUUUCCGAUUUCAAAAACCGCCCACAGUUUUCUAACCACUGGAAUUCCGCCGCCAAUCAUGGGCUCCCUUGAUAGUUCUGAUACCGGAAUCGUCACCGUUGACGUCAAAACCGCCAAGAACCUGCUCCAUUCUGGCUAUGCAUUUCUCGACGUCAGGACGGUUGAGGAGUUCAAUGAAGGGCAUGUGGCGACGGAGAAGAUCGUAAAUAUUCCGUAUCUGUUAAAUUCUCCGACUGGUAGGGUGAAAAAUGCUCAGUUUCUGGCGGAAGUAUCGGCGGUCUUUAAGAAAGACGACCGCCUCGUCGUGGGUUGCCGAAGUGGUGUCAGAUCUUUGCUCGCCAUUGAAGACCUCCAGAAUGAUGGUUUCAAACAAUUGAAAGAUCUGGGCGGAGGGCAUCUAGCUUGGUUGGAGAAUGGUUUUUCUGUGGCAAAAGGGAUGAAACUAGAUCCGAAAGUAGUUGAAGAUGGUAAGAUUGAUGAGCUAUGAUCUAUAUAAAAUUAUUUGAGAGACUGCUACAAUUUGAUUUGUCACUUUUACAGGUAAGCUAUAAAAUCAGUUAAAUUUGUAUCGAUACAUACAAAUUUAUGAAUUUAUACAAAAUGAUUAUUAAGAGAUAGUUAUAUUUUAGCAUUCUUAUUGAAUUAUCAUUGUAAAUGUUGAUGAGCUUUGAUCCAAAAGGGAUGAUACUAGAUCCAAAGUAAUUGAUGAGCUUUAAUCUAUAUAAAAUUAUUGGAGACACUGUUACAAUUU